UACAACGAAAUUAUAAUUUUAAUAUCUCUCUUAAAAAUGUUAGUUGUAUAAGCUGCUGGUGUUCCAGUUUAAAUAAAUAAAUAAAUAAGUAGCUCUACACUUUAGUAACUUGUCAAACUACCUAAAACGCCAAUGUUUGAUUGAAAUAGGCAGUAAAAUGAGUUUGACAAGGUUCAAAAGUGUUUAGCUUCUUAUGCAGCUGACUGUACAUGUCUGGACCCGGCUUAAUGCAUGUAAUAAAAUAUUAAAAAAAUAGCAAAACGAUCAUUACUAAAUUGGUUGUUAAAACCAAGAUAAGUAAAAACGUUUAUAACCAUUAAAAUAACAACCGUUGUAUCAAUCAAACGUUUAUGAACAAUGUUGUUUUCUGCAGUUGUUCUUUUGUUUGUGUGUUCAUUAACUCCAUCAAUAUAUGCAAUUUCGGGGAAUGUGAAGGAAGGUGGCAAAACGAUGGGUGUAGACACGGUUCACUAUAUGAAAACAGACAAGGAGACCGUUAUCACUAGUCUAAAGACUGAUAAGAGAAAGGACCAAAAAGCAGAUCGUCACCACAAAUCCGAGGAGUCAGACGGGUCUUACAACGCGAUCCCACCAGAGGUCGCCCCUCACGCACUGGCGUUCAAGAAAAACAUGUCUGAAUGCCUGAAGGAAGUCCAGGCGAGUGACAAAAGAACAGUCAAGCGUCUGUCUCCCAGCAAACACUCUCCCAUUCACGGGGAAUGUUUAAUCGCUUGUGUGUUGAAAAGAAACGGAGUCAUAGAAAACGGGAAAGUGAAUAAAGGCAACCUCAUAGCCCUAGUAAAUAAGUUUUACGCUAAAAAUACGAAGGUUAUGAAGAAAUUAGACAAGAACUUAGACCGUUGUAUUGAUGCCAGCGUUCAAGUGAGAGACGAAUGCAGCAUGGCGGAGUUACUCAACCAAUGCACCAACGAACUAAUGGCGAAUAAUAAGCAUAAACUAACUGUCGACUAUUAAAUAAAGGUUCAAAAGAAAAUUA